GCGAGGCUGUGCAGGAUGUGGGGACCAGCCAUGUGGACUCUGAGCCGCCAUCACCUGUGUCUGACUUUCCUGCUGGUUUGUGUGCUGGCGGGAACCUCCUUCCUCCACCUCUACCAGGGCCUCUUCCAGGGCGGCCUGGACCUGUCUUUCCUGUGUGCAGACCGACACCUGGUGGCGGCCCCCGUUGCCAUCUUCUGCCCAUCGGGCGCUGGGACGGCCCUCAACACCUCCUCUUCCUGUGCCCAGCUCCCCGCGCCCCCCUCGGGAGCCUGGACCAUCUCCCCGGAGGGCCGGCUUGGUAACCAGAUGGGGCAGUACGCCACUCUGCUGGCCCUGGCCCGGCUCAACCGCCGCCAGGCCUUCAUCCUGCCCGCCAUGCACGCGGCCCUGGCCCCCGUGUUCCGCAUCACCCUGCCCGUGCUGGCGCCCGAGGUGGACCGCCGCACGCCCUGGCAGAGCCUGGAGCUGCACGACUGGAUGUCGGAGGAGUACGCCCGCUUGCAGCAGCCUUUGCUGAAGCUGUCGGGCUUCCCCUGCUCCUGGACUUUCUUCCACCAUCUCCGGGAGCAGAUCCGCCGGGAGUUCACCCUGCACGACCACCUCCGGGAAGGGGACUACCUGGAGACCAUGCCCCAGCGCUGGAAGGGGGUGGUGGGCGACCGCGCCUACCUGCGGGAGGCCAUGGACUGGUUCCGGGCCCGGCACGAAGCCCCCAUCUUUGUGGUCACCAGCAAUGGCAUGGCCUGGUGCCGGGAGAACGUGGACACGUCCCGGGGGGACGUGGUCUUUGCCGGCGACGGACAGGAGGCCUCGCCGGGGAAGGACUUCGCGCUGCUCACGCAGUGCAACCACACCGUCAUGACCAUCGGCACCUUCGGCUUCUGGGCCGCCUACCUGGCUGGCGGAGACACCGUCUACCUGGCCAACUUCACCCUGCCCGACUCCGACUUCCUGAAGAUCUUCAAGCCCGAGGCCGCCUUCCUGCCUGAGUGGGUGGGCAUUAAUGCAGACUUGUCUCCGCUCCAGAAACCUAGGUCUCCGGGGGCCUAGCAGCUUCUGGGGGAGCUUGUGGCGGUCCUGCAGCAGGCGGGCACCGUUUUGAGAGUGAUUCUAGUCGGCUAGACCUUCAGAGAAAGAGAGGCUUCCGGCCACUGCCUGAACAUUCUAGAAGCAGCAGGAAAUAUUGUCUUGACUGGCGAGGUCUGGGCCGCCUGUGGUGCCCAGCCCUUACCCACAAUGUGGAUGGCUGUCCCCCAGGGGCCGGGCACUACCCUCUCUAGUGCUAACUUCUCAGGUCUUUUCUAGAAGAGAUGUUUUUCUUCUCCUGGGCCCUCAGGUCUGAAGGAACUCAUGGGUGUUCUAGAGCAAGCGCUGGCCAACGCCCCCUGUGUCUCUGGAGUGGUUCUAGACGGGUCAUUUGCUCUAGAGGGGGGCACGCUCUAAUGCCCGUGAAGAACCCUGCAGAGGGAUGGGGGGGGGGGCGUCCUGGAAUUCUGGGUCACUUUGGUGAAGAGUUGAAUAAAGGUACAAUCAGAAGCUCAACACCUCACCGCUGCCCAGAAGAUGGAUGGGAGACAGAUUACGUGUAGCUGGGGCAGUCUGUGAGAAGAGUGAAACUCUAGUUCACUCUCAGCCCCUGGGGAAAACCACUCCCCCUCCCCCCAGCAGAUAGGCUAAAAGGUGGGAGGUGGAGGAAGGGGGUGGCUGCUGAAAUGCUGGAACUUCCGGAUGCAAGACUUUCCAGAAAUGUAAUGAGACUUCUUUUUUUUUUAAGCUCAGAAACUGACAUGUUGCCUCCCAGUAUGGGAUGCCUCUCCCAGUUAAGGGUGGUCCUUCCUCCGCCGCAGCUGGGCGGCUGGGGGAGAUGGGAUGGAUUUGGAGUCGACUGAGAUAUAUGUGCCCUCUGGGCUGGCAGAAAGCCGAUGGAUUUGGCCCCCUUGCCAACCACUGUCUGUCUGCCCCUAAAUUCACUGACUCUGGCCUUGGGCAAGUGAGGGAUGGAAAGAUCCAAGGGUAUGCAGACCCUGCACUAGUCUCAUACCCAAGCAGGAGUGCCCUUGGCUAGGAUCUAGCCAAGGAGGACCGGAUUCUUGACUCAGAUUUCAGGAGCCCCUUAGUGCUUGGGUCCUUUUUGCUUUUUUUUUUUUUUUUUUUAAAUAUAUCUUUAUUGAUUUCAGAGA